AUGCAGAGCUGGAGCCGGGUCUACUGCUCCUUGGCCAAGAGAGGCCAUUUCAGCCGAAUAUCUCAUGGCCUACCGGGAGUUUCUGCAGUGCCGCUGAGAACUUACGCAGAUCAGCCACUUGAUGCUGAUGUAACCGUGGUAGGCUCUGGUCCUGGAGGAUAUGUUGCUGCUAUUAAAGCUGCCCAAUUAGGCUUCAAGACAGUCUGCGUUGAGAAAAAUGAAACACUUGGUGGAACAUGCUUGAAUGUUGGUUGUAUUCCUUCUAAGGCUUUAUUAAAUAACUCUCAUUAUUACCACAUGGCCCAUGGAAAAGAUUUUGCAUCUAGGGGAAUUGAAGUGCCUGAAGUUCGCUUGAACUUAGAGAAGAUGAUGGAGCAGAAGAGUACUGCAGUAAAAGCUUUAACAGGUGGAAUUGCCCACUUAUUUAAACAGAACAAGGUUGUUCAUGUACAAGGAUAUGGAAAGAUAACUGGCAAGAAUCAGGUCACUGCUACGAAAGCUGAUGGCAGCACUCAAGUUAUUGACACAAAGAACAUUCUUAUAGCCACAGGUUCAGAAGUUACUCCCUUCCCUGGAAUCACGAUUGAUGAAGAUACAAUAGUGUCAUCUACAGGUGCUUUAUCUUUAAAAAAAGUUCCAGAGAAGAUGGUGGUCAUUGGUGCAGGAGUAAUUGGUGUAGAAUUGGGGUCAGUUUGGCAAAGACUUGGUGCAGAUGUUACAGCAGUUGAGUUUUUGGGGCAUGUUGGUGGAAUUGGAAUUGAUAUGGAGAUAUCUAAAAACUUUCAACGCAUCCUUCAAAAGCAAGGAUUUAAAUUUAAAUUGAAUACAAAAGUUACUGGUGCUACCAAGAAGUCAGAUGGAAAAAUUGAUGUUUCUAUUGAAGCUGCUUCUGGUGGUAAAGAUGAAGUUAUCACUUGUGAUGUACUCUUGGUUUGCAUUGGCCGACGACCUUUUACACAGAAUUUGGGACUAGAAGAGCUUGGCAUCGAACUAGACCCUAGAGGUAGAAUUCCAAUCAAUUCCAGAUUCCAAACUAAAAUUCCAAAUAUCUAUGCUAUUGGUGAUGUGGUGGCUGGUCCAAUGCUGGCCCACAAAGCAGAGGACGAAGGUAUUAUCUGUGUUGAAGGAAUGGCUGGUGGUGCUGUGCACAUUGACUACAAUUGUGUACCGUCAGUGAUUUACACACACCCUGAAGUGGCUUGGGUCGGCAAAUCAGAAGAGCAGUUGAAGGAAGAGGGUGUUGAGUACAAAAUUGGGAAAUUCCCAUUUGCUGCUAACAGCAGAGCUAAGACAAAUGCGGACACAGAUGGCAUGGUGAAGAUUCUUGGGCACAAAUCAACAGACAGAGUAUUGGGAGCACAUAUUCUAGGAGCAGGUGCUGGUGAAAUGGUAAAUGAAGCUGCUCUUGCAUUGGAAUAUGGAGCAUCCUGUGAAGAUAUAGCUAGAGUCUGUCAUGCACAUCCGACCUUAUCAGAAGCUUUCAGAGAAGCAAACCUGGCUGCAUCCUUUGGCAAACCAAUUAACUUUUAA